AUGAUUCAGAACGAAGAACUGAUAGAGUCUAUUCGAGAUACAAGAGCGAAACAACUGCAAGCAUGCAGACAGCGUAUUGCAUUAUUUAAAGGCCUGCAGGUUGAAAGUUUUGAAGAUAGAGCUUUAGCACUUGAAAAAAUCAUUCAAGUAGUCAAAUCAUUCAUCAGGUCAUCAUCCUCACGCUCUUCAUUGUCACCUUCAGCCACAUCCAACGCCACAUCACCUACAGUUGUCAUGAACACGUAUAUUGCAGAGGAAGAUAUUGAGCAGUCAGAAGGAGAAAAAGAACAAGACGAUGAAUAUAGCGAACAGUUGUUUUAUUAUUUAUUAACAAUUCUCAGAUUGUCCGUGACAUGUCCUUAUGCUGACGUUCGACAGACAUUCAAAGACUUGUUGAACGUACUCAAGGAAACAACAUCUAUUGGUAUUCCUCAACCCAGACACAGCUCACCUUCACAUUUUAUCUCGUUAUAUGAUAUCUUUUCACUUGAAUCGACUGUCAGCUGUAACCAGAUUGUGAAUUAUCCAAGAUCAUCGAAUUUAUCAUUUUCACCAUGGUCUACAUCCUCCUUCUCGCUUCAAAAUGAAGAAAAUGACCCAUCCAUGCCAGAUAAUAACACGGAUACCAGCAACAAUAGUAGUACUAUAAACACUAUACCAGAAAACCAUCAUUCUGUCUAUUUCGACUUCACAGGCGGAAGACCUUCAGAUGAGUACGUUCGACAAAUGAUGAUCAAGACCUACACUGAAGAGGGAAGGCUGUUUAAUCUAUACCGUAUACUAUCAUUUUUUCCAACAUUUUUUGAAACCUAUCAUGUGACAUUUACCAAGAUCAUAAAGGCACCACUGGGACCGUUACAUAGAACUUGGAAGACAUACAUUGGUAUCAUGGUGGCCGCAGAGCAAAAGUGUCAGUACCUCGUGAGCAUCUUGAAGCUGGACUUUUUGUAUAACGGAGGCAACCCAGAUUGGCUCAGGGGAGUUGAACAUGUGCCAACCAAGUUAAGGAAUAUCAGUGGUCUCAUUCUGAAACUCGCACGCCAGCCGUGGAGCUUACAGAGCGAGGACGUGGUCGAAUUGCUCAGUGGUGAUCUUGGUGAUGCGUGGAGUAAAGGUGAGCUAGUUCAGGUUGUCUUGAUCAUUGGAACCAUUCUGGGACUAUCGAGUUAUAUACUUGGCUGCGGUAUCACGCCAGAGAUUGACAUGUCAGGUGGGUUCUGUUAUCCUGGUGGACAUACCAAAGGAGGUAUCGAGAACGAGCUAGAUGACAGCCACAGUCAUCAAGACUGCACCGAGAGUGAAGAUAUGCUCUUUUCAUCUGACAAUGGUAUCGGGCUGGGCGUCUCGAUUGAUAUUGAAGAGACAACGAAGGAGCUGAUCUCCAAGCUAAAGUCUAAAAAGAACUCAACACUCAAAGAGCAACUUAUUGAAAGCUUUGAAAAGUUAAAAUUAAAUAACAACGAGGAAGAGCAACCGAGAAAGGAAUUGAAACAGUCCAGCUUUGAGUUACCACAGUCAAAAGAGAUAAAUUCAGUUUAUGAAGACUUGCAGCGGUUCAUCGACCCAGAACUGAAUGAAGCUAUCAAGCUCGAAACGUUUGAUUCAAGUCAGCAUCAAGAGUUUAUGCUUGGUGAAUAUUGCUGGGAGGACCACGGUUGUGACUUGGCCAACUAUUAUCUGCCUGGUAUAGGAGAUGACUUGGUGACAGAAUUUACAGAAGCUAUUAGUAUUACAGACUGGAGUAUAUUCCAUCCUAUCGCUGAGGAAGUGGUCGAUACUUCACCUCUAAGAUACGCUAUCUGGCACUAUACUCAAAAGAUCAUGGGAGUCACAAAGGAAGACUACCCUUAUACGGAUAUUCCAACAUUUUUGAAUGAACGAACAUCCCGUUACCUUGAAGUCCUUUGCAUGUCACCACAUAAAAUUCAGAAAAAUGACUGGUGUAACAUUGGUAUCUCUUUAAGACCAGAAGAAAAAUGCCAUGUCAAUCUUUUGAUUGCCUCUGCCAGAAAGCAAGCGAUAUUAUGUUAUGGAUUAUCAUUAAUCUCUGAAGUCUAG